GGGGCCAAAAUGGGGCGCCGAGCUCAACAGGAGUCUGCUCAAGCCGAGAACCAUCUCAGUGGCAAGAAUUCCUCUUCGACUCUGACUGCAGAGUUCCAGAUUCCUGGGACAGAGAACUUGACUGGUUCUGACUGGUGCAACCCUGGUUCAGUCACCUGUGUCUAAGGGAAGAGGGGUCCUGGGAUGGAAGGCUUCUCCAUCCAGCCUGGGGAACGGGCUCCUCCUCCCAAGCCACCCCGGCGGCAAGGAGGCUGGGCGGACGAUUCCAUAAAGGCUUCCAAGUCAGGAAGGAGGGCUUCUGAAGAAAUAGAAGAUCACCGCCUCAGACAACAGAGCCUGGAUGGAUUUGAUGAUGGAGGAGACAUUCCUGUUAUUCCGGACCUGGAAGAAGUACAGGAGGAAGACUUUGUGUUGCAGGUGGCAGCCCCUCCCAGCAUCCAGGUGAACCGGGUGAUGACCUACCGUGACCUGGACAAUGACCUCAUGAAAUAUGCAGCCUUUCAGACCUUGGAUGGAGAGAUCGACCUGAAGCUUCUCACCAAAGUCCUGGCGCCGGAGCACGAGGUUCGAGAGGAUGACGUUGGCUGGGACUGGGACCGUCUGUACACUGAGGUGUCCUCAGAGCUCCUCAGUGAGUGGGACAUGCUGCAGGCGGAUAAAGAGGACCCCAUGGGACAGCCCGGACACGCCUGAGCCCGGGGGCCGCUCUCCCUGCACGUGGUCACCUCUGCUUUGGACUCGAGACAAAGGCCAUAAACCUAAAACUAAAGAAGCGUGCAAGCAGCUCAGAAUUUUGAUAUGGACUAUUUUGUAAUAAAAAUAUCUGUUUUCAGUA